CCAUCUACAACCUCAUCCCAAGUCAAUCCUUUGCUUUAUCCUACAAAACUUAUCAAGCUAGCACAAAUCCACCACCAUGUCCGACUCCAUCCCCUCCGCCCACGCCGACGCAGACACUGAACACCAGCAACUUCCCGCCAACCCCGAAGACCGCAAAGCAGCCGCCGCGCUCUCCGCCCUCAAUGCCACCGAGAUCGGGCCCGGUUCGACCCCCAAGCAGUCGACUUCCACUGCGGAACAGGAGGCGCUCGGCAAGGCGAUGAGUCGAUUGGAGAUCGCUGCGGGGCAGGGCGGGACGGCGAAGACUAAGACGGGAGAGGCGCAGAAGGAGGUUGUCAAGAAGAAGGCGGUUAGGGUUGCUGCUGAGGAUGUGAAUCUUUUGGUAGGUCGAUCUGUUUUUGAUAAAGGAUUCACUCAAGGGGGUAGAAGUGCUGAUAGUGUGUAGGUUGAGGAGCUGGAUUUGACUAAGAUUAAGGCGACGGAGCUGCUGAAGUCGUGUGACGGCGAUGCAAAGAGAGCGAUCAAGGCGUUUAUUACCCCCGCUGUGGGGGCAUAGCUCUUUUUCGCGCGGUGGAUGUCUAGUGGAGCUAUGGGUAAAUAAGUCAUGGACCGUUGAUGAACUAAUGACCUAAUAUGAUAUGCAUGCGCUUUGAUAGUCACAAUGGA